UUUAUGUAUACAGAAAGAAAUGAAACAAUAUAAAAACCCAGCCAUUAAAUUAUAAUUUCUGCCCAAUUAUAGAGAACCCACGCUCCGUAAAGCUGCUCAGAACUUUCUCUCUCUAAAUGUCAAUGGCGAAUCCAAACUCUGCUGCUUAACCUCCGUGGACACGUACAUUCUGUUCUGCGUCUGCGUGCUUCAACUGCCGGGUGUUGCCAAGUGAUUGAUUCAGAACAGGAAUUGGUAAUUAUUUUUCCCCUUUCUGUUUGAGUAUCUCUUGGAUUCAGCAUUGGAAUUGAUGAGAAUUGUACCGAUUGAUUUGGAUAAGUGAGGUAGUUGAAAGGAAAAAAAAGGAAAGUUUUUUUUUUUUUGUGAUCUGCUUCUGGUUCUGGUGGCAUAGGAUCAGAUCCUUGUGAUGCAGGUCUUGGGUGUUUGAUUGCAUAGGUAUGUGACAUAGCAGAGAAGUUGUUAGUUUUUGGUUUUAUUGGAUCUUUUUAGUGUUGGCCCUUUUCCGAUGCUAGACGAGAUAGUUUGGAGUUUCGAUCAUAAAUUACGUGAGAGAUUAAAUCUGAUGAUUGGUUAUGGUUCUCAAAGUUAUUGGAUUCCGAUGUUAGUGCAAUAGCCCGAAGCAAGCGGGUAUUUUCUGCAUUUAUUUGGAAGAGGAUCACAGACAUGAGAAGCGCUUUGUACAAUAAACUAUUACUGGUCUUCGGCCCUAGACCGCCACUCAAUUGGUUGCUUUUGUUUCUAGUUAGCAUUUUGGUCUUGAUUGCUCUCUUGGGAUCUUCUUCUACUAAUGGAUUUGAUUCGGUGGCUACUUCUGCGAGACCUGACAUAUUUUCUAACUAUAGAAGGUUGAAAGAGCAAGCAGUAAGUGAUUAUUUGGAAUUGAAAAAAUUAGGGGCCAAUCCUUCAAACGAUUUUGAUCUUUGUGGGAAGGAAAGAGAGAAUUAUGUUCCUUGCUACAACGUGUCUGCCAAUCAGCUGGCUGGUUUUAGCGAUGGGGAGGAGUUUGAUCGGCACUGUGAAAUAUCACGAGAACAUCAGUAUUGUUUGGUCCGUCCUCCUAAAGAAUAUAAGAUUCCCUUGACCUGGCCAAGUGGUAGGGAUGUUAUAUGGAGUGGAAAUGUGAAGUUGAGCAAAGACCAAUUCCUUUCGUCCGGGAGCAUGACAAAAAGGCUGAUGUUGCUAGAAGAGAAUCAAAUUUCUUUUCAUUCAGACGAUGAUGAAAUGACUGUUGACGGUGUCAAAGACUAUUCUCACCAGAUAGCUGAGAUGAUAGGAUUGGGGAGUGAUGCUGAUUUCCACGAAGCUGGUGUGCGCAAUGUAUUAGAUAUUGGCUGUGGGUUUGGUAGCUUUGGCGCUCAUUUGCUUUCACUUAGGCUGAUGGCUGUUUGUGUGGCAGCAUAUGAAUCAACUGGUAGCCAAGUUCAGCUUGCCCUUGAGAGAGGUCUUCCAGCAAUCAUUGGAAACUUCAUCUCAAAACAACUACCAUUUCCUUCGCUAUCAUAUGACAUGGUUCACUGCACUCAGUGUGGCAUUUUCUGGGAUGACAAAGAUGGAAUGUUUCUCAUUGAAGUUGACAGAAUUCUCAAGCCCGGAGGUUACAUUGUUUUAACCUCACCCAGAAGCAGGCAGCAACGAAACAAAGGAAGCAUUUCAACUCCUCUUGAAGAAUACACCCAAAAACUUUGUUGGAAUCUUGUGGCAAAGCAAGAGGACACUUUCACCUGGCAGAAAACAACAGACGCUCGAUGCUACAUAUCUAAGCAUGGCACUUUUCCCCUUUGUAAUGGAGAUGACGGCCCGUCAUACUACAAACCACUUGUUCGGUGUAUAAGUGGUACUGGCAGCAAGCGUUGGAUUCCAAUUCAGAACAGAACUUCUGGUUCUCUUGGAUCUUCUGAACUUGCAAUUCAUGGAAUAAAUCCUGAAGAUUUCUACGAAGACUUGGAGUUCUGGAGAUCUGCUUUAAGAAAUUAUUGGUCGUUACUUUCUCCCUUGAUUUUCUCCGACCAUCCAAAGAGGCCUGGGGAUGAAGACCCAAUGCCUCCAUACAACAUGGUUCGAAAUGUGAUGGACAUGAAUGCUCAUUACGGAGGUUUCAGUACUGCCCUACUGGAAGCUAGAAAGUCUGUGUGGGUGAUGAAUGUUGUGCCAGUUGGCGAACGCAAUACCCUUCCUACCAUUCUUGAUCAAGGUUUUGCCGGUGUUUUGCAUAGCUGGUGUGAACCUUUCCCUACAUACCCCCGGACAUACGACAUGCUUCACGCCAAGGGACUUCUAUCGCACCUUGCUACAGAGAAAUGCAGUACGGUUGAUUUAAUUUUCGAGAUGGAUCGUAUUCUUCGGCCUGAGGGAUGGGUUAUAAUAUCCGAUAAAGUUGCUCCGAUAGAGGCAGCACGCACCCUCGUGACACAGCUUCGAUGGGAAGCCCGUGUGAUUGACCUUCAAGAUGGCAGUGACCAGCGCCUACUAGUAUGCCAAAAACCGUUUGUGAGAAAAUGAUGUUUCCAUUUCUCACCCAACGAUAUUCCACUCUUUUUUUUUUCUUCCAACUCCGGUAACUUCUAGAAAACAUCGCCUGAUAUUGAACGAUUAAACAUACUGUCUAUAAGUUUGACACGCACUGUGCAAUCGCAUUUAGUAUCGUUGGUAUAGAUUCAUCGAAGAGGAGACUCACGUGCCUGCCCAACAAGGUUUACCAAAUCAAAUUUUGGUUCAUUUUAUUUUAUUUUUUUUCCUGGAGAAAAAUAUGUACUCGAAAGAGAUGGAUUCGGAAAUUUUUUGGACGGUUGUAGAUAUAAGAGUAAUGUUUGCUGCAGUAGUAAUUCCAGUCCAAGGAAUAGUAGAUUUUUUUUCUUUCCCCCUUCUAAGACAGCUGUACCAAUUCAUUUUAUCCAUUGUUUUUCUCAUAUUUAUUUGUUAAUUAUUUGUGUUGUUUAAUUGUGUUUGUACCAGAACUAGAAGUGUAAGAGAGAUUUUGCCUUAUUUUCCU